UUCAAUCCUAUCACAAAAUAACGUAUCAUAACAAAUUAGCAAUUAUGUAAAUAAUUUAAAUAAUAUGAGAUCUAUGAUCGGACAAGAUUAUCACAUUUCAUGUACUUCUUUAUAUUUUGAUUUUUUUUUCCUUUGUUAAUUGUUCUGAGAAAUAUAAAGCCUUCUUGAAAAUACAUGGCCUAAAGUUUACGGCCGGUCUUCCAAAGAAGAAAGAAAUCCCAGUUCCUCCAAAAGUACGAUGUUACUGAUCUCGUCAAUACAGUAUAGAAUUGCCCGCCUGUACAACAAAUCGUGAUUCGUAGAUCGAUCGGAUCGAAACCGCGUCCCCAUCGUCCACACCAGUGAGCUUUCUUUUUCUCUCUAUAAUUCCGAAACCGGAACACCAAUCUCACACCACAGUUGUUUUCGAGGGCACUCGCCGCACCCAAUCGGUCCCCCCAAAAGGUCGUUUCUCGAACUUUCCUCCACUACUAAAUUUUCCACCUCUGAUCCUCCCUCUUCGAUUUACCCAUUCGUUAUCUGAUAUCGCAUCCAUGCCAAUAUAUGGUUCUUGAUGUGUUCCAAUGUUCCGGUGAGAGACAGUGGGAUCGAAUUCUUUGAUCUCGGUUCGUAAUCUGAAUAUGGCGUGGUUUGGUGGGAGAGUCUCAUUGGGAAACUUCCCGGAUCUCGCUGGGGCGGUGAAUAAGCUGCAGGAGAGUGUGAAGAACAUUGAGAAGAACUUCGACACCGCUCUCGGUCUAGAAGAGAAGGCGGAGAAAUCCGAAUCCAGUAAUGAAGCAUCAGGUUUGUGGGCUUCUGCCACUGACAGGAAAGCACUAUUUGAUCCUGUCAUGGCCCUUAUGGGGCAUAAAAGUGAGGAAAGUACUGAUGAAUCGUUGUUAGAGCUGGAAUCUUCACAUCAUCCCACUGCAGUGGAGAAACCAUCAGGAGAACCUGGAUCUCCGCAUCAUAUAACUAACAUAGAGGAAAAAGAUGGAACGGAAUUUGAAACUGACAAAUCUCCGCAUUCUGCAGUUGAACAAGCCACAGCAGAAGAAGAAAAUGAAAUUCGGAAUGUAGAACAAGAUGCUGAGCACCCAGAGAUGGCAGAGGAGACAAAUAAUGUGACUGCAAACCCUGACCUAGCUGAAUCUGCAUCAACAGCUAUUCCUGGCAUACAACUGGAACCCAACAGUCAAGAUGUUGAGACAUUGGAGUAUGUUGCCAAUCUUCAAGAGAAAGAGAGUUCAGAAGUGGGACCCUCAAACAGUUCAAACUUGGUGCCAGCCAAGUCAGGUGUCGUUGAAGUUGAUCAAGUGGGGAGUCUUACAAUUUUUCCGGGUGAGUCACACAAUGUAGUUGUUAUGAGUGAAAGCCUGGAUGAACAGGAUACAAAAGAAGAGAGCAUGGACAAACAGAAGUCACUAGCAGAAGAGAUCACAGGGACAAUUGCUUCAGUUCAAGUUGAGGCAUCGAGUGAUAUCCAUGCUGGAGGUGAAAUUGAGCCCUCUGUUCCACAUUUUGUUAGCACUGAGGAAACUAAUCGAGCUGGAGAAUCUUCUAUCCAUCCUUUUCCAAGUGCACUUGCUUCGGAUGAGGCUACACCAAUGGUGUCUGAAUCAGUUUCUCCCAAAAAUCAUGUAAUUGUUAAAGGAUUUGAAGGGGAUCAGAAAAUGAGAAAUGACGAGGCUGACAUUAGAGAGCAACGGUUGAGUUCUGGAACAAAUCUAUCCGAGUCAUCAGAUACUAUGCUCGAAUUGGAGAAGGUGAAGAGGGAGAUGAAAAUGAUGGAAAACGCAUUGCAAGGUGCCGCUAGACAGGCUCAGGCAAAAGCUGAUGAGAUUGCAAAGCUGAUGAAUGAUAAUGAACAACUAAAAGCUGCGAUUGAGGAUUUGAAGAGAAAAUCCAAUGAUGCAGAAAUUGAGUCUCUACGAGAGGAAUACCAUCAGAGGGUUGCAAAUCUUGAAAGGAAGGUUUAUGCUCUGACUAAGGAAAGGGAUACACUUAGGAGAGAGCAGAAUAAAAAAAGUGAUGCAGCAGUUCUUCUGAAAGAAAAAGAUGAAAUUAUUAGUCAGGUUAUGGCUGAAGGCGAAGAGCUUUCAAAAAAGCAGGCUGCUCAAGAAUCUCAGAUUAGGAAAUUAAGGGCUCAGAUUAGAGAGCUUGAAGAAGAGAAGAAGGGGCUGAUUACUAAACUUCAGGUAGAAGAAAAUAAAGUAGAGAGCAUCAAGAAGGACAAGACAGCUACAGAGCAGUUGCUGCAAGAAACAAUAGAAACACACCAAACAGAACUUGCAGCACAGAAAGAAUAUUAUACAAAUGCUUUGAACGCUGCAAAGGAGGCUGAAACAUUAGCAGAGGCACGUGCCAACAAUGAAGCAAGAACUGAACUAGAGAGUCGAUUGAGAGAGGCCCAGGAACGUGAAGCUAUGCUAGUUCAGGCACUUGAAGAAUUAAGGCAAACACUAAGUAGAAAGGAGCAGCAGGCAGUGUUCAGAGAAGACAUGCUUCGCAGGGACAUUGAAGAUCUUCAAAAACGUUACCAAGCAAGUGAGCGCCGAUGUGAGGAGUUGAUUACCCAAGUUCCGGAAUCUACAAGGCCACUUUUAAGGCAGAUCGAAGCUAUGCAGGAAACAACUGCCAGAAGGGCAGAAGCCUGGGCUGCUGUUGAGAGGUCCCUUAGUUCUCGACUCCAGGAAGCAGAGGCCAAAGCUGCAACUGCUGAGGAAAGAGAGCGAUCUGUGAAUGAACGCUUAUCUCAAACCUUAUCUCGAAUUAAUGUUCUUGAGGCUCAGAUUUCUUGUCUUAGAACGGAACAGAUGCAGUUAAGUAGAUCCCUUGAGAAGGAGAGACAAAGAGCAGCUGAGAAUAGGCAGGAGUACCUUGCAGCCAAGGAGGAAGCUCAAACUCAGGAAGGUCGUGCAAGCCAGCUUGAAGAAGAAAUUAAGGAACUCAGGCAGAAACACAAGCAAGAGUUGCAAGAUGCACUGAUGCACAGGGAACUGCUACAGCAGGAGGUAGAAAAGGAGAAAGCUGCUCGGUUGGAUUUGGAAAGGAAAGCUCAAGUCCAUUCAGCUGCCGCAUCUGCUCAAACUCCCAUAACGAAGCCCAAUUCUGCUUAUGAGAAUGGGAACUUGACCCGAAAGAUUUCAAGUGCUAGCAGCCUAGGUAGCAUGGAGGAAAGCUAUUUCCUUCAAGCGUCUUUGGACUCAUCUGAUAGUCUCUCUGAGAGGAGAAAUGCUGGAGAGUCAACCAUGAGUCCAUUCUAUAUGAAGAGCAUGACACCUAGUGCCUUUGAAGCUGCUCUUCGUCAGAAGGAGGGUGAGCUUGCUUCAUACAUGUCUCGUUUGGCAUCGCUGGAAUCCAUUCGUGAUUCUCUCGCUGAGGAGUUGGUCAAAAUGACAGGACGGUGUGAAAAGUUGCAGGCUGAGGCUUCCAUGCUGCCUGGCAUUCGGGUGGAGCUGGAAGCAUUAAGGAGGAGACACUCUGCUGCCCUGGAGCUAAUGGGUGAACGUGAUGAGGAGCAAAGUAUGGAGUGGAGAGUGCGGCCGUGGGUUCAAAAUUCAAGACCACAUGGAAUUAAGGAGCCAAGGAUUAAAGAUCUGGAUUGGAUUCUGAUAGAUGGACAUAGGGAAUGCACUUGGAGAAAUCAGAAAUACUUGCUGUGGAAAUUCCAACACCCCCCACCCCCCCCGGUCUUUCUCAAAAAACAAUGAAGUAAAUAAAGCCAACGUAAAGGACGUGUGAUUGCCCCGAAGCAUAAGAUUUCUGCCAUAUUUCUUGGCCGUUGCUUUUUCAGUAUCUGCACUUUAUAUUUAUUGUUUUAAGUGUUAAAUGUAAACGUAGAAAGAAUGUGCUAUAUUCUCUCAAA